AUGGAGAUGAUGGUGAACAAUGUUGCGGAGCCUCAAUAUGAGGGGGCUGAAACGGUAGUAUUCUGGGAUAUGUAUACCAUGCCGAUUCCCGAAGGUGCCGAAGCUGCGAUGAUCGUUAAGAAUAUAAGGGCGGUUCUCCGUAAUCUGAACUACCGAGGUCGAUUGUCUCAUGUCUAUGCCUAUGACUCGAAAUUCCUUCCUCCUUCCUCCUAUGAAAAACUCUAUUCCAUUGGAGUUACAUUCGAGACUGCUGUGGCUGUUUUGGACACCGAAAAUCUUGGCUUCCGUCUUUUCUACGAUUUGAACGCUUGGAUUAAUCAACACCAGGAGGGUCCAGGGAAUAUAAUGCUGAUUCAACGAUACUGUGAUAGUGGUCUCGCUCAAAUUCUUAAGCGUCCACGGCCAGGAUACAAUUUCCUUCUUGCAUAUUUUGACCCUAUAGACGAGAGUUCCUUGGUGUUGUUCGCUGAUAUAAAGACCAGAUUUCGGUGGCAUAACUUAGCAUGGGGAAUAUUAGAUGAACAGCCACACGUGGUUGCUCAUCCAGUGGUAGAAGUGACGUUGGAGGAUAUGGUGGCUUGGGGUCUGUUGAAAUUGGAUAAUGAUACGGAGGAUUUGAAGGAUGCAGAGGUUUUGUUUGAUCUGUCGGCUGCUAUGCACCAAGCAACUUUGGAGGAUCUGGUGGUUGCUACAGACCCAGAAGCAUUGGAACAUAAGAGUUGUAAUGAGGAUAAGAGAAAAGGCUCAGGGAGUGAGGAAACCGAAGAAAGGAAAAGAGCAGGAACAGAGACACUAACUAGAGCAAGGUGUCCGAGCUCUACUUCACCAGAAAGAGCUUCUGCAACAAGGCAUGAUGAGGAGGUUGGUAAUGGAAAUAAGAGAAGAGGCUCAUCGAGAGAGGAAACUGAAGAAAGGAAAAGAGCAAGAACAGACGACGACGAUGAGUCACUAACUAGAGCAAGGCGUGCCAGGUCUACUUCACCAAAAAGAGCUUCUGCAACAAGGCAUGAUGAGGAGGGAUCUAACGCCAGAGGGAGUCGCGAGGAACUUAAUGAAGAAGAUGAUUCGACUGCUGAAGAAGCUUUGGAAACGAAAAAGGAAGAACCACCGUCUGAGCUAUCAGGAAAACUUGCGGAAGAAACCAAGAGAUACCAAGCCUAGAGUACGUACUUUCGCACGACGGUUCUGCCGAGUGAAUAGUUCCGCACAACGAAUAAUCAGUGUCAAGUAGAAAGAAGAUAGCUUUUCUCUGUGAUAUAAAAGGAUAGUCGAGCAUCUUCUUUUCUACUUUACAGUCUCGACAUUUUGUUAAUACUUACUAAGUAACAACCGAUGGAAUGUUAAAUUUGAAAGAGAUAUUAGGUUCUGU